AUGAAGAAACAUCUCCGCGCAAAAAACUCAAGUUCUUGUGAGCCCACUCAUAGGAGUACUAGAGAAAAAGAAAAAUCUUACGAACUUCGGAAUGUUUUUGUCAUAAUAAGUUUAUCUAUUCUUCCAUAUUUGUCAUGUUUGAAUGGGGAUUUCGUAUUCGAUGAUGCAGAGUCGAUUGUGAAUAAUCCAAUUGUCAAUGGAGAAGAGUCACUGUCACAGAUAUUCACUCGUGAUUUCUGGGGACGUCCAAUUGCUUCUCCUCAUAGCCACAAAAGCUACCGGCCUGUGACAACAUUCACAUUUUGGCUGAAUUAUCAGUUGCAUGGAAAAUCAACACUUGGAUAUCACAUCGUCAACAUAAUCUGCCAUGGAGUGGCUACAAUGGUUUUUUACCUAUUUGCUAGAUUACUGGAAAAACGAUUCAAUCAUUUUGAAGUCGCACUUCCAUCCGCAGUUUUGUUUGCAGUACAUCCAGUACACACUGAAGCAGUGGCAAACAUGACCGGACGUGCUGAACUAUUAAUGACAAUCUUUUCACUGCUAGCACUGAUAACUUUUAUUCGAAACGAAACUUUUAGCUGGAAUUUUGUAAUUUUUGUAACAAUGGCAACAUUUUCAAAGGAACAAGGAUUAAUGGCAAUUCCAAUUGCCUUGUGCAUUGACCUUGUGACAAGAGCUCCUUUUUCAUCGAAACACCCAGCUACGAUAGUUUUCUUCCUGCUGCUCACUUUCCUAAGAAUGUUCAUAAACGGUUUCCAAACAGCCAAAUUCACAAAACUGGAUAACCCUGCAGCAUUCAUAGAAUCCGGAUUCUACAGGGCUGUCAACUACUCGUAUAUCUGGCUUUACCACAUCUACCUUCUUGUUAUACCUGCUAAUCUUUGUUUUGACUAUUCAAUGGGAUGUAUUCCACCAAUCUCUUCGUUGUACGACGUCCGCGUAUUAUCACCUGUUCUCAUUUCCAUACCCGUAAUUAUCGGAGUCAAAUUCAGAAAUGAAUGCAGGGUUCUAACGUUUGGAGCAUUAAUAGGGGCGAUUGCGUUUCUGCCGUCGUCGAAUAUAUUCUUUACCGUGGGGUUCACCGUAGCAGAACGAGUACUGUACCUUCCGUCUGUUGGAUUCUGUAUCAUGUGUGCAGUGGCUAUGAAGAAGCUGUCAGUUCAUACCAAAAAUGCAGAUAUCAUCGCCAUCACAGUUAUACUUCUUUCAAUUUCCAAGACUUACAAGCGGAGCUCCGAGUGGGAAAAUGAGCUUUCACUUUAUAGCUCCGGACUUCGUGUCUGCCCUAUGAAUGCGAAAAUUCAUUACAACAUGGGAAAAGUUUUGGGAGACAAUGGUCUCACCAAAGACGCGGAGAAAAACUACUGGAAUGCUAUCAAACUAGACCCUUCUUAUGAACAAGCGCUCAACAAUCUUGGUAACUUGUUGGAGAAAUCUGGAGACAGCAAAACCGCAGAGAGUUUACUUGCCCGGGCGGUUACUCUAAGACCUAACUUUGCUGUUGCUUGGAUGAAUCUGGGAAUCUCCCAAAUGAACUUGAAGAAGUACCAAGACGCUGAAAAAUCUCUGAAAAACUCAUUGACUUUACGCCCAAACUCUGCUCACUGUCUUUUCAACUUGGGUGUUCUCUACCAGAGGACCAAUCGAGAACUUCUUGCAAUGUCGGCAUGGAGAAAUGCCACAAGAGUGAAUCCAUUGCACACACAGUCAUGGACCAACUUGUUUGUGGUACUGGAUCAUCUAGAUCAGUGUUCGGAGGUUAUUGACCUGUCAAACCAAGCUUUGUUAAGUGUUCCGAAUGAGUCCAGGGUUCAUAUGCAGAUCGGAUCGUGCUACGCAAAAAACAAAGAAUUCACAAAAGCAGAACGACAUAUAAACACUGCAAUCGACCUCCAUCCGUCAUCUGCACUCUAUCAUGCUAACCUGGGCGUUCUUUUCCAACGAAUGAAUCGUCAUAAGGAUGCAGAAACCGAAUACCGGAUCGCAUUGAUGCAUGAUUCACAGAACACCAUUGCAAGACAGAAUCUGCAAAAAUUGGAACAUCAGAAUUGCUACAAUUCAACAUCUCCAUAA